CUCUCUCUCACUAUCAUACUCUGCCUCAGUCGCUACAAUUUCUCGUUUGACUCUAUCGCCUCUUACUCUCGCUUCAAAAAAAGAAGGUGAUUUUGUUGUCUUAGUUGAAGAGAGAUGGAUCUUGGAGGUUUGGUAUCUGGGUUGGUCUCAUCUUCAGUUUAUCUUAUGACCAGACCUAUCUUUUUCUGCAUAUACGCAUGUGUGUUCUGUCUUAAAACAGCUCUUGUUACAACCUUUGUAUCUACUGAUAUGGUGACGUCUGCAAUCUGGUUCAACUUAAGUAUGUUGUGGAGAGCUGUGUGGGGAUCAAUCUGGGGAUCUAUUCUCCUCUUUACGUUCCCCAUUCGCUUCUUCGCCUCUAUACCAAGGGAAAGACUGCUUGAGCAGAGCAUUUAUGAGUUGCGGUAUGAGCUAGAGAGUCUCGAAUGGAAUAGGAAAGAAAUAGAGGAGACCCUCCGGGAAGCAAUAAAAGAAUUCCGAACCAUGGAACGCGACUUAGAUGAACUAGAAGAUGAACAUGAUGAAGCCAUUUCCAAAAUAGAAAAGCUAGAGGCCGAGCUUCAAGAACUAAAGGAGGAAAAUCUUCUACUGAAGGAAGGUACUGGAAAAGACUAUUGGAGCAAGAAAGGUAAAGUUAAACACAAGGAAGAAGCAAGUGAAAUCCGUAGUAUACCGAAGCCAAAGAAUACCCCUUAUGGAUUAAAGGGAAAAGCCGAGUUUACAUCGGUUAAAUCACCUCUUUACCCGUUUGCAAAAUCGACAAUCCCAAACGACGAAGAGCUAACACCGAGAAUCCUUGGUUUAGAGAGGAGCAUCGCGGUUAAAAGAAGCUUAUUCAGCGCGAUGCUCGCGCUCGUGGUAGGUAUAGUUCUGUAUGGAGCCAAAGAAAAAGAGAUGUGUACUCCACUUAUAGGAGCACUCUUCACAGUGGUUGGUAUCUCUUUGAGAAGUGUGGUUCAAUUUUUCUCAACGGUAAAGAAUAAACCGGCGUUAGAUGCAGUUGCUCUUAUGAGUCUCAAUUGGUUUAUCGUCGGUACGCUUACUUACCCGACUCUACCAAGACUUGCUCGAGUAGUGGUUCCACGAGUCUUUAGCACCGCUGGCUCAGUCUUCACUUUGCUCCGUGGUGGCUUUGGCUUAUCCCCCUCACCACCUGAGCUUCUGAACUAUGUUGGUUAA